UUUCUAGCAAUCAUAUUUUGAGCAAUUAUAUCUGCAGCCUUAACGAUCCUAUUAAUAUUUUUUACACUACAGGAGGAUGAGAUGUUUGACGAGUUUAUGACAAAAAGUGGAGGAACUGGUCGCACUUGGGAGGAUCUUCAUAAUCUUGCAGUUGAGAGGGAUAUUCCUCCUCCCCUCCUACUCCAGGAGAAUAUUAGGAGUUUAAAACUAGAUCUGCUCUCAAGUAUCUUCCAAGGACUAUAUCCUACUGAAGGGGACUGUCGGAUGGUUCGGCACUUUAUAUCCUGUCCAGCUAGUUUAGAGGAAAAAUAUCAUAUGAUGAGAUUAGCGGAUUUGUUAAAAAGAAAUAAAAAGGAUGGAGUGUCCCUGGAGACUCUAGCUGAGGCCAUGUGUCAGCUUGCGAGAAUAGAAAAGAAUCUUGGUAGCUCCGGUAGGAUCAUGAAUAGUAGUAAUCCUAUGGAACUGAAAAAGAAUCUAGGUAGCUCCGGUAGGAUCAUGAACAGUAGUAAUCACAUGGAACUGAAUAGGAUCUGGGUAGCUCCGGUAGGAUCAUGA